CAUACCUAUGCCCAUACCUAACCAAAUCAAUCAGAAAAAAUUGUUAGAAUGCUGUAAACAAAAGAACUAACACGGCAGAGACAACAUCAGGCCACUCGUAUUUUUUUUUCUUAUCGUAACUUUAAGAUUGUAAGCAAUCAAUAAAAGCAUUGUUAGUUAUGAAUCGCCCUCUAUACAAUGAGCAACAAUGAGGGAGAAUGUCAACUGUCAAAAGUCAACACAUUUAAGUUGUUGGGUUGUUUUUUCGAGGUGAAAGUCUAACGAAAACACGAAGUACACUUCAAAUUUUACGAUCAUUUUUAUUCUUGAUAUGGUGUGAUAGGUUGUCAUUUGUUAUAUUUGUUUCCAUAUUAAUUUUUUUUAUAAGGUUAUGGUCGAAUGAUAUUUUGAAAUUAAAAUUUUCACUAUGAAUGCCAAUCCAUUUGCUGCUUUACUGGAGGAUUCCAAUUAUCUUGAGCCCACCACUGAUAAAGAAGACAAGCUCACUACUUUGAUUGAAAACAUUUUUGGUUUUACAUUAACAGAAACAAAGAAAAACUUGGUUUAUUUAAAAGACAUUUCGAAAUCGUUUUCAAGAAGCAACUUCGAUUUUGAACUUUUAGAACAUUCCCUGUUUGAACGUUUAUUAUUAGAAAAUGUUAAGGAAGCAAUAUUGUGUGACAAAGAAAGUGAAGUUUCUAGUGAAAUAUAUGAAAAAAAUGUCAUUCCCUACUUAUUUAUUUGUUACAAAAAAGCCAAAGUUUAUUGUGAAGAUCAAGACUUGUUUAGUAAAGCAAAACAAUUAAUUUUAAUAAAUGCUGUCACAGCUUUAAAGCAGCCAGAGUUGUACGAAAACCAAGAUAUAGUAGGACAAAUUUACAAUAGUUUGAAAGAACAAGAACCUUAUUCAGACGAAUUUUUCAUUGAUAUUUACAAAAAAUUUAUAGAAGAUGAAGAUAAUAUUGAUGCUCUGAAAGAACCUUUUACAGAAUUAUUGAAACGAAUUCAUAUAGACAUAGCAAAAUCAAAUCCUGUCACUUUAUCGUCUGCUUUAUUCUUAAUUUUAAAUCUUUAUGUGAGUACUGACAAAUUGGCUGUAGUUUUUUUGGAUUAUUGUCAACCAAAAGAUGCUAAUGUUGGCAUAGAAUAUGCCAAUACUUUAUUGGGAGCUCUAUUUAGUGUAUCCAUUUUACCAAAAACAGUAAAUGGAGCUUACGAAUUUUUUAGGAAUCCCCUUGACCAGGCUAGUAUCAUGAGAACGGAAAAUAUGCUGUGGACCAACAGUGACAAGAUUUCUAGUGACAUUCAUACUAUUUUUCUUACCCUUCUGAAGUGUAGUCCUGAAAUCAAAAAACGUACAUUGUCAUGGAUUGGCGGUUGUCUUCGCGCGAACGCUGACAGAGGGAAACUAUGGAACAGUCAAAUACCUGAUUUUAUUCCAAACAGCCAUGCAACAGUCAGCGAUGGUUUUAUGAUCAAUUUAACGUGUGUUUUAAUGAGACUUUGCCAACCCUUUUGCUCAAAUUUGAAUGCCAAAAAAAUUCUUAAAGUUGAUCCAACUUAUUGUGCCGUACUUGUAAGUACUUCAGAGUAUCACUAUCUUAGCCAAAUUGCAGUGGACACAGACAAAGCAGUUUCAUCAGAAAAUUAUGCUCCCACAAAUGAAAAACCUAUAACGUUCCCGCUUCCUUCAAAAAUUCCAGAUACAUUAAAAUGCAUUCCAGAAUUUGUGGUAGAAAAUAUAAUUUGUUUCCUGAUAUUUCUAAGGCGGUAUAAUCCUAAAAUGUUCGAGGAGAGAGGAUUUGAGAAGUUAUCACCACUUCUUACGUUUAUUUUAAUUUACAUGGGAUCAACUGAGAGAAUGAAAAAUCCUCAUUUAAGGGCUCAUUUGGCUGAAGCGUUGGAAUCGUUGCUACCUUACCAUAAAGAUGAACCGCCGGGAUUAAAUCCAUUAGGUGGUCGACAACGAGAGAGAUUAUUCACCGAACACGAACAUCGAAAUCAAAUAGUUACGAGUUUGUUGGAUGUAUUUGUUGGUAUAGAAAUGACAGGCCAGAGUGUGCAGUUCGAGCAAAAGUUCAAUUACAGAAGGCCAAUGUAUACAGUUAUGGAUUAUUUAUGGGAAAUUGAUGAACAUCGAAAAAAUUUCGUGAGUUUAGCUGGUGAGGCUUACCGGAACAUGGAAGCAGUACAGCCACCUCUUUUCCUAAGAUUUAUUAACUUACUUAUUAAUGAUGCUAUAUUUCUAUUAGACGAGUCGUUAACUAAUAUGGCUAAAUUAAAAGAAAUGCAAACAGCUAGAGACAGUGGUGAAUGGGAUCGUCUACCAAUAAAUGAAAGAGCUCAAAAUAUGGAUUACAUGCAACACAUUGGCAUGUUAGCCAGAUUUAAUAACAUUCUUGGACGAGAUACGAUUCGGACUUUAGAACGAAUGACUUCAGAAAUCAAAACAAUAUUUACACACUCUACCUUAGUAGAUCGUAUCGCAGCCAUGUUAAAUUAUUUUUUGCUCAAUUUAGUUGGACCAAAUAAAAAAAAUUUCAAGGUAAAAGAUCAAAAAGAAUACAGUUUCGAUCCAGCUACAACGGUAUUAGAUAUCUGUAAAAUUUAUACUAACCUUAAAGAAAGUGACUCGUUUUGUUUAGCGGUGUCUCAAGAUGGAAGGUCAUACAAACCAGAGCUAUUCCAGUUAGCAGAAGACGUGUUAAUUCGCAUCGGUGGGGGCCCCUUGGUAGGAGAAUUGCAGGAAGUCGCUAUAAGAGUUUCGGAAAAAGCCGCUGAACAACAAGCGAACGAAGAAGCAACCGCAGAAGCUCCAGAACAUUUUCUUGAUCCUAUUAUGUCUACUAUUAUGCUAGAUCCAGUUAUUUUACCAAGCUCAAAACAAACUGUGGAUAGAUCGACUAUUGCAAGACACCUGUUGAGUGAUCAAACAGAUCCAUUUAAUAGAGCCCCGUUAACCAUGGACCAAGUUAUUUCUAAUGUUGAAUUGAAAGAAGAAAUAAGAAAAUGGCUUGAAGAAAGAAAAGGUACUCAAAGCUCCUCCAGUUAAUUAUAUUGUACUGUAUAAACUAUAAUGUAUGUAUAUGUAGUAUAAUGUUGUUUAAGUAAAAUGGGAUCAUGUUAUA